CAAUAAUCCAUCUGAUACAAUCACUGCGCCUUGUAUGCACACUAUAGCCGUAGAAUGAAAUAUGUUUAAUAUAUUGUCGUUCGAGAGCGGGCAUUGCAUGUUGAACGGCGAGAGCACACGUUCCUUUCAACCCCCACGGUCAAGGAGGCAGCAGGUUGCUAGAGCUUGUACUAACUGUCGAGCGUACCGUAUCAAGUGCGAUGAUAGCCGGCCAUGUUUCAACUGCAGAAGAAAAGGAAAGGCAUGCGGCAAUGAGGGCUCAAUUGAGAUCAGAACAUAUGCAGGCGCAGUCAGAGAGAUUGAACGCCUGAAUAAACGGAUACAAGAACUCGAGCAACUCCUACGGAUACCCGACUCUACUGACAGAAAUAGUGCGGAACCAAUUGCGGGAGUGAAAUCAAACAGGUCAAAUCUCUUGCCACGAAAUCUUGAUCCACUUUUAGAGCAUGGUGGCAACAAAAAAUCGUGGGAGAGCAUCCAACUUGACACCGAGCCAGGCACGACGCAAUGCUUUGGACCCGCAUCUAUCUGCUAUUUCAUUACUCGUAUGAAUAUUCAUUUGACUGGCUUGAUGCCAGACUCGAACGAAGAAAAUCAGGUCGAAGCCCUCACGAAACAACUCAGAAUGGUCAGCAAUACCGAUUUCGAGUCAAAUUUAAAGUACAUAGCUGGCCCUAUCAAUGGGAUUUAUAUGGAGCGAUCCUACGAGGAGUUUUAUCUCAAUAUUUUCUGGAAGGAAUAUCACCCUUUGUAUCCGAUUAUUGAUGAGAUAGAAUUCUGGAACUAUCACCGCUCGCUUUGGGACAAGUCGCAGAGAUUCCGCAGAGCAUCUGCUCUGGUCGAUGCUAUUUUAGCUAUAUGCCUACAGCAUGGCGCGACUUGGUGUCCCAUUAGCGGAAGAUGUAGGACAUUAGCGGACAAGAACGAUGAGAUUAUCGCAAGUCGUUGGUUCUAUCGCAGAUGUCAAACGUUGCUUACGAAUCAGCUAGAGACGCCAUCCAUUUCAAUCCUGCAGAGUUACAUGUUGACGGUGAUUUACCUGUCCCACUUCCACUCACAAAACGCAGCCUACAGCCUGUUAGCGAUCGCGAUACGCAUAGGCAUCAUUCUAGGCUUGCACCUAGAGCCACAGGAACAUUUGCCCGAACAGCAGAGAGAGGCUCGAAAACGCUUGUGGUGGCUGCUCUACGCCCUCGAAAUGAAGUUUGCCAUGGAGUUGGGAAGACCGUUGGCAGUCAAUAUUUCAGAAGUGACGUGUAGCUUGCCAUCAGAUGAAGUAUUCGCAUACUCGAAUGCGCAGCAACAAAUCGGAUUGAGCAAGCAAGGGUCGUUCCUGUCAUUUGCAGUGCAUUUCGUUAGACUUGUGCUCGCGACCAGGGCGAUCUACAUAAUGUUCUACGACAAAUGUGCACGUUUUCUGGGCCAGAAUAAGCAGAGGUCAAUUUACGAAAAGCCCGAAGCGCUUGAAGAGUGCGCAAACUUUCUCGAGACCCAAAUGCAAUACAUCCAAAAGUGGAUGCACGACGUGCCCGUGACAUUAAAGGUAGGCAGGGAGGCGGCGUGGGGCAGCUGUUCGACAGACGAUGAGCGACUUGCGGAAGACGCAAGCACACCGCAUUGGCAGCGGCAGCAAAGUAUAUUUCUCGAGCUCCACUAUCAGAACAUGAUCAUGAGCUUAUACCGGCCUUUCAUCUGCUUCUCGAGGCCGAGAGAUUUGACAACGCCAAUAGCCGACAGAUGCGCAGGCUCAUGUCUUUCAUAUGCCCGAAGCAUGACCUCAAUGGUAUAUCAAACCUUACGGUGUGGCAACAUCUUGGACAACCACUACGAGGCGUUCCGCUGGCAAUGGAAUGCGACGAUGACACUUGUUGGGUACAUGAUUGCGUAUCCAGCAACAACUGAGGCCAUGUCUGCGGUAGAGGCCAUUCAUGUGGCAAUUCAAGUCUUCGAGCGUCUAGGAGAAAGUCUCGCCAUAGCAUUACAGGCAAAACAUACGACUGAGGAAGCCCUUGCAAGAUUGUGCUCAUUGGGCGAAGCAGGAAAAAGCCACGGAAGCGCACAGACAUUGUUGUUGCCAUUGGGCUCGGAAGUUCCACGUUUUCUCGCGUGCACUCAGGAUCUGAUGCCGCUGCAAGGUUCGUCGGACAUGGAAGGCCAAGGGGAAGAAGAAACGAGCACGACGAAUGUGAUUGCUGAGGUGUCCGACCUGUUUGCAUGGGCCCGGAAUCAAGUCGAUGAUGAUCUGUUUGAUUUUGGAAGAAUGGCAGAAAAGGAGGCAUCGUCGUCGUGGCCGCUCGUUCACAGCAGUAGAGACGAGGAGCUAUUGGGGCUCUUCAGCGGAGAUUACGGGGGAAGAUUCAGCUAACGCGAAGCUGGACUAACUUCGGAAGACUAACACGGUCAUGGGGUGCUUUUGGAUAGAUUAGCAGGUUGCAUUUGAUGAUAAGCGCUGCAAGAUUAGCGGGGGGCACAUCAAGAUUGGCAACAAGCAGAAUAGACAUUUGUGGGGAGAGAUGGAAAGGAAUCGGUCAAAAGCGACUCGAACUGCGGUGGGGCCAGGACGAGACAGGGAGUGUGGGUACAGUAACGGAGAGAAUCAAUCGGCGACAACAGGAGUAGGAGCGGUUGCGAAAGAGCCGAAGGGAAGAGGACGUUUGGUGGAUGGGCGGGCGCGUGCGGACGUGAGCGAUGGCUGCGACGGCGAGGAAGUCGUGCGAUUGGUGGAAGGUCAAACGAGAAGGCACGGGGGUGCAGAACAUGAUUUACGCCGAAGCCAAGGAUUAUGGACGCUCCUAAAGUUGGCAGGAGCGUGCCUGCUGGAUCGGCUGUCUGCACGCCAGUCAACCACACUCACCCAUUUUAGCAGUGCGCGGCCACAGCAGGAGCAGCCAACGCUGCGAGCGGCAGCGGCAGCGGCAGCAGCGGAAGGAGCAAUGGCGCCAGUCCCAGCGGCGGCGCCGGCAGGAGACACAGCACUGGACUGUACACCGGACCCGGUGCUAGCCAGCCUUUCUACGCUGCGACGCGCGACAUGAAGCUGAAGCGAAGACUGGAAUAGACAUGUUGCACCCAGCAGAAACUGCCUCGUUUCGCUGAUGAGCCCGCAAAGUCGUUGUGCGGGCGUGGAUUGCCGCUGCAGCAGGGAGAAAGCUCUGCGACCGGCGAGCGCUCAAUGCGGUGGUGCGCGUCAUCAUGAACAAAGUCAAACUUUGUUGCGGCUCUUUUUCAUUUGCGACUUUCAUGAAAUUAAGUUAAACCAUGC